AUUCUAUAGAAAUGUCUGACUUAUCUGUAUCAGAUUAUGAAAACUUUGCAAAUAAUCAAAUGCCAAAUCUCGGUUAUGAGAUUGAAGAUUUCCAGUAUUACACGUGGCAAAUCACUGGUUGGAGAAAUUUGGACGCGAUGGUGACAAGUCCUGAAUUUAUUGCUGGAGGUUGGAGAUGGCAUAUUUCGCUUUAUCCUUUUGGAAAUGAUAAUAUUGAUUAUGUAUCAAUUUACCUGGUGACUGAAUCUUAUGGAGCAUCUAAUGAUUGGCAUUCCUGUGCACAAUUUGCUUUGACCUUAUGGAAUUCAGAAGAUCCAACAAUAUAUGAUUCUUCCACUACACAAAAACGUUUUUAUGCUGAAGAAACGAAUUGGGGAUAUCCAACGUUUUGCGAACAGCGUAAUUUAUUUGUUCCAAUGGAAAACCAAACUCGUCCUCUAAUCGAAAAUGAUUCGUGCAAUAUCACAGUUUUCAUUCGUAUUAUUAAGGACGAAACUGGCUAUCUCUGGCAUAAUUUUAAAAAUUAUGACUCAAGACGAGAAACUGGUUGUAUUUCCCUAAAAAACGAGGGAACAACUGGAUAUAUGAAUGCUACGCUACAAUUAUUAUUCAACAUGACCAGUUUUCGUAAGGCAGUGUACCAAAUCCCAACGGAUUCUGACAAACCAGAUGAAAGCGUUCAAUUUGCUCUACAAAAUAUUUUUUAUCAAAUGCAAACAUCAAAUACUCCAGUUAAAGCAACGGAAUUAAUGAAAUCUUUUGGAUGGGAUUCAUUAAACUCUUUAUGCAGCACGAUGCCCAUGAGUUUAACAGA